CAACUCUCCACUGAUAAAAAAUCAACGGUAACUAACAAGCCUUUGAUCAAGUUUCAGUAUCUUGGUGUUUCUUGAGCUUAAACAGCUAUGGAGGGCAAGGAAGAAGAUGUUAGAUUGGGAGCUAACAAAUAUAGGGAGACGCAGCCCAUUGGUACGGCGGCUCAGAGCCAAGAUGACAAGGAUUAUACUGAGCCGCCACCGGCGCCGCUGUUUGAGCCGACUGAGCUCACUUCUUGGUCCUUUUACAGGGCUGGUAUUGCAGAGUUCAUCGCCACUUUCUUGUUCUUGUACAUCUCUAUUUUAACUGUGAUGGGUGUGGUUAAGGCACCCACGAAGUGUUCAACUGUUGGGAUUCAAGGGAUCGCUUGGGCCUUUGGUGGCAUGAUCUUCGCUCUUGUAUACUGUACUGCUGGCAUUUCAGGAGGUCACAUAAACCCGGCGGUGACGUUUGGGCUGUUUUUGGCAAGGAAACUGUCCUUGACGAGGGCUUUGUACUACAUGGUGAUGCAGUGCCUUGGAGCCAUAUGUGGUGCUGGUGUGGUGAAAGGAUUUGAAGGACGUCACCAGUAUACUUUGUUGGGUGGUGGUGCCAAUAGUGUGAACCCAGGUUACACCAAAGGUGAUGGGCUUGGUGCUGAAAUUGUUGGCACCUUUGUUCUUGUCUACACUGUCUUCUCCGCCACUGAUGCCAAACGUAAUGCUAGAGACUCCCAUGUUCCUAUUUUGGCACCUUUGCCAAUUGGGUUCGCUGUGUUCUUGGUGCACUUGGCUACAAUCCCAAUUACAGGAACUGGUAUCAACCCAGCUCGCAGUCUUGGUGCAGCAAUCAUCUUCAACAAGGACAAGGGCUGGGAUGAUCAUUGGAUUUUCUGGGUGGGUCCAUUCAUUGGAGCAGCACUUGCAGCUCUGUACCACCAAGUUGUGAUCAGAGCCAUUCCUUUCAAGAAGUGAUCAUAUGAUGCAUAUAUGUGGAUUAUGUUUUCCCGAUCAAGAUCAAGAUCAAGAUCAAGAUAAAGCUCAGUUUGUUUGCAUUUUCUAUGUUAUAUUACUUUGUAUUUGUACCUAUAUGAGCACAUAUAAUAAUAGUAUUAUGUUUCCUACCAAGGGCCUUCUUCUACCUUCUUCCUUCUUUUUUAUUUGUGGAAGGGAAGACGUGGGUGACGAGUGCUGGGCCCAUGUUAAGUAGGUGGGCUGUAUGUAUUCAUAUGAUAAUGUUUAUGUGAAUAGUUCUGAAUUGUGAAA